AUAAGAUGCGGCUGGCUUGACCGCGGCUCACAAUUGACGGCUCACUUGACAGCGGUCUCCCUCCUGUCUGACACGCGCAGCGCCCCGCGCCUCUGCACAGCUCGUCUGCGUGAUCCGGAGACGGACAACAGCUGUCAGCUCCCAGAAAACCAGGAGUCGCUGCUGGCAGACAAACCAGUGAUGAGAGAGCACGGGGACAGGAACGGGCACGUUUAUUCUGCGCGGAGCGGCAGUGCGCUGCAGGAGCGCGCUCCGAGGCUUCAGCGGCUUCUGCGUUCAACUGGAACCCGAGAGGCGUGCUGAGAUCAACACCGAACUCCCAGAGCGAGGAUGGCAACGACCCGUGCCAAUUUUCCCCGGACAUAAGUAAUAUGUGGCUUCCAACAGAGCUUACGAUGUUCUGGGGAUCGCUGAUGGUUUUCCCUCCGGAUCUAACUCAAGUGGACCAAACGUGUGUUUGUAACUCCUGCUGCUGCUGCACGCAGAAAGGCACCGCUCUUCUACCGCUAAGCCACGUGCUGUUUCUGCCGGCCAGUCUCCACCUUUAGCUCCGAACAUGGCUUGUUUUGUAGCAUCUGUGUUUCUGCUGGUUCUCCAGACAUACACGGCCCCAUCUGAGCUCCUUCAGCCAGAUUUUGCGGUGGACACUUUGGACACUGAGCCAGGACUGACAGCGAAUGUCUCUGGAGACGUGACCUCAUCUCCACCUCCAGGAAGCAACAAACAAACCCCACACAGUAUCAUUAUUGGGGUGCGCAAAGGAGGCACAAGAGCGCUGCUGGAGAUGUUAGACAUUCACCCAGAAGUUGCUGUUGCUGCCACCGAGGUGCAUUUCUUUGACUGGGACGAGAACUAUGCGAAGGGCCUGGUGUGGUACCGGGAGCUCAUGCCGUAUUCCUACCCUCAUCAGAUCACAGUGGAAAAAACUCCGGGUUACUUCACAUCCGCUCUGGCGCCAGAGCGGAUCCGUGCCAUGAACUCCUCCAUAAAACUCCUUCUGAUCCUGCGAGACCCCGCUGAGCGGGUCGUCUCUGACUACACCCAGGUGUACUUUAACCGGCUGGAGAACCACAAGCCAGUACAAGCCAUUGAGAACCUGCUUGUUCACAACGGAGCACUAAACAUCCGUUACAAAGCCAUCCAGAGGAGCUUGUAUGACGUCCACAUGCGUAACUGGCUGCAUCACUUCCCACUGAGACAGAUUCACAUCGUGGAUGGGGACGCUCUAAUCCGUGACCCCUUACCUGAGCUUCAGAAGGUGGAGCGCUUUCUGGACCUCUCACCAAGGAUAGUGUCCUCCAACUUCUACUUCAACCAGACCAAGGGGUUUUAUUGCAUCCGGAGCAACGGGCGAGAGCGGUGUCUGCACGAGUCAAAGGGUCGUCCUCAUCCGUCGGUUAACAGCACAGUUCUGCAGCAGCUGCGCUCUUACCUGCAGGAACACAACCGGACCUUCUUCAGGCUGGUGAAGCGUACGUUCCACUGGCAAUAGCAGCCUGGAUCUCCAACUGAACUAAGCUGAGCCAACAAAAGUAAUACUAACAGCACUUUAGAUAUAUGAUGAAGAAGUUCCUUCAGACUUCUAUCAUGUUCCUGGUACCUUUGUUCUACACACAAUAAGGCUGAUGAGCGUGAUGCAGCUGUGAGUAGAAGCUUGAGACUAAAGCAGUAGCUUCAGACCUAGAGAGAUAGUCCAGAGUUUCUGCACAUCUUACCUGCUCUGUGAAUCCUCCGUUUGGAGAAACGGGUUAGCUGUUACUGGAUAAACAAGCUAACAGCUAAUCGUAAUACUAAAUAUUUUAGAGCACCUUUUAAAACCUUUGGAUAACCGGUGCACAGGUACACAUGUGUGCCAAAAAUAAUGACUGGUGUAGUAUCGCCAUGACAACUGCUCUUCCCUGGCCAAGCACUCAUCACAAACUCGCUCCCGGCGAUCUGAUCGUCCCUCCAGGGAACUACGGUGUUUGUUUCACGUCACACAAACAGAAAAAGGUGGCUUCAUCAGCUGAUCUGACGUUAGACCCCUUCCUGUUAUGGGUGUUAUUGUUGCAUCCAUACAAAGCUUAUAACACGUUUUACAUUUCAAUUUUGGGAAUUAGGCAUGUUUAAAAAAGAUCAAAAGUUGAGUCGUGCCAUUUUGGCUAGCAGUUAGCUUGUCAAUCCCAUGGGAGUCCAGCUCUUCUUCUCCAAAUGGAGGUUGUUCAAAGACACAAACCAGGUGAGAUUCCCAGAAACCAGCUUCAACAUUUCCAAACUUUCCCAUCUUUCCCAUUUUUAGUGCUGGAAACUUUUGGUAAAGUCUGAUGUUAAUAAAAUUGAUGAUUUAAUAAUAAACUGCUCUGUUACAAAUGCACAAAA